AAAAACCAUGACGGUCAAAACAAUUUUAGUAUCAGGGAUAAUUGCUGUAUUGUGCAUAACAUGUGUUUCAUGCACAGAUGAAAAGAUACCCAAUUUUGAUGAGUGCCUAAAAGAAUCAGGAACUUCAAUGGACGAUUUAAAAGCAAUUCCCAUUAAGAUGACUCACGAAAUAAUUUGUUUUCAUAAAUGUAUGUAUGAAAAAAUAGGAGCAAUCGAUAAAGAUGGGAAAAUCCAACCCGAUGUAAUCAUGAAGCAUAUAAAAAAACACAUGGAGGUUAGUGCAGAUGAUGAAAAGUCUACCGUCGAUUGUCUAGGAAAAAUUCCUAAAAUGACUGUUUGUGAAGAUUUGGAUGAAUUAACUAAAUGUUUAGAGGAUUUAAGGCAUCAACAAUAGUUCCAAACGGUUAAACAACAAAAACAAA